GCCAAUAUUUAUGUCAGUAAUACAAUUUGAAAUAUGAAAAUUUGAGUUUUUUUGAAAUUAUAUUUGGAAUGCAUCUUGCUUUAAAAAAGAUUAAAGUUUUGUGAAGUCCAAAAAUUUGAAAAAUUGGUCUGAACCAGCUUUCCUUCCUUAUAAUAUGAUAAGGAUAGCGAGUUUAUCCCUUAUAUAGUUAUCUAAAAUAUUAAAAAAUUCCACUAAAAUUAUUUUUAAUUUAUUAUAUUCUUUAUAUGAUGAUUCAACUAUUGAAAAGAUUUCACUAUACUCAAUAUUGAAUCUUUUUCUAAAAAAAGUAACUUUAGCAAAAAAAUUCUUGUUUGAUCAAACGAUAGUGAGUUUAUCCCUUAUAUAUGAUCAUCCAAAUAUUAAAAUAAUUUCACUAAAAUUACUUUUAAAUUAUUAUUUCUUAUAUGAUCAUUCAAUUAUCAAAAAGAUUUCACUAUACUUAUUAUUGAAUCUUUUUCUAAAAAUAAUUUUAGCAAAAUUUUCUCAAUACUUGAAUAACCAUACAAAUUUAUUAUCUUGAACACUAGUAGCUAAGUGCACCCACUGUAUGUCAUAUAAAUCUACAAACCCCUAACAGUUGCUCUUGUAAAGUGCCCACAUAGUGAGGCCUCACAUUCUUUUUCUUCAUAGCUUAGCAAAAAUAGCAAACACAAUGAAGUUUUCUUUUUCCUUCUCAUUAAUACACUUGUUGUUAGUCUUGAUAAUAUGCAUAACUUGUGUAAAUUUGGUUCAGACAACUCCAACUAAGAUUGGUAAUGGCUAUAGUUUGAUAGCCAUUGAAGAGUCACCAGAUGGUGGUCUUAUUGGUUACCUUAAAGUUAAGAAGAAAAACAAUGUUUAUGGUCCUGAUAUUCCUGACUUGCAGCUCUAUGUCAAGCAUGAGUCCGAUAAUCGAUUGAGGAUUCAUAUAACAGAUGCAGAGAAGCAAAGAUGGGAAGUACCAUAUAAUUUACUACCAAGAGAAUCAGCUCCAUCACUCAAACAAACAAUUGGCAAAUCAAGAAAAAGCCAAUUUCCCCUUGGUUCCUCACAAUACUCAGGAAAUGAGUUAAUGUUUAGUUACACAACUGAUCCAUUCACAUUUUCUGUGAAAAGAAAAUCAAAUGGGCAAACACUUUUCAACACAAGUAGUGAAGAUUCAGACCCUUAUAGCAACUUGGUAUUUAAAGAUCAAUAUCUUGAAAUAUCAACGAAGUUACCUAAAGAUGCUUCACUAUAUGGUCUAGGUGAAAAUACACAACCCCAUGGUAUUAAAAUUUACCCAAAUGACCCUUACACAUUGUACACAACAGAUCAAUCAGCAAUCAAUUUGAACAUGGAUUUGUAUGGUUCACAUCCAAUGUACAUGGAUAUGAGAAAUGUGAAAGGUGAAGCUUAUGCACAUGCAGUUUUGUUGUUGAAUAGUAAUGGUAUGGAUGUGUUUUACAGAGGGAAUUCAUUGACAUACAAAGUCAUUGGUGGUGUUUUGGACUUUUACUUCUUUGCUGGUCCUACACCUCUUGCUGUUGUUGAUCAAUAUACUCAAUUCAUAGGCAGGCCAGCUCCUAUGCCCUAUUGGUCCUUUGGUUUCCAUCAAUGCAGAUGGGGUUACCACAACUUAUCUGUAAUUGAAGAUGUUAUUGCCAAUUACAAGAAAGCCAAAAUCCCUCUUGAUGUUAUAUGGAAUGAUGAUGAUCAUAUGGAUGGGAAAAAAGAUUUCACCCUCAACCCUGUCAAUUACCCUGGGCCAAAGUUGAGAGCAUUCUUGGAGAAAAUUCAUGCUGAAGGAAUGCACUAUGUUGUGAUCAAUGAUCCGGGAAUCGGUGUUAACAAAAGUUAUGAUACUUACCAAAGAGGUAUAGCCAAUGAUGUCUUCAUCAAGUACGAGGGAAAGCCGUUUAUAGCACAAGUUUGGCCUGGUGCCGUUCACUUCCCUGACUUCCUCAACCCGAAAACAGUUGAGUGGUGGGGUGAUGAGAUUCGCCGGUUCCAUGAACUUGCUCCUAUUGAUGGACUUUGGAUUGAUAUGAAUGAAGUUUCUAACUUUUGUACUGGUUUGUGUACGAUCCCGGAGGACAGGAUAUGUCCUAAUGGCACUGGUCCUGGUUGGAUUUGUUGCUUGGAUUGCAAGAAUGUAACGAAAACAAAGUGGGAUGAUCCGCCUUACAAGAUAAAUGCUUCCGGAAUACAAGCUCCCAUCGGGUACAAAACGAUUGCCACAAGUGCAACUCAUUACAAUGGAGUUAGGGAAUAUGAUGCUCAUAGUCUUUAUGGUUUCUCUGAGACCAUUGCUACUCACAAGGGUCUUCAAGCGUUAGAGGGAAAACGUCCUUUCAUAUUGUCACGCGCCACAUUUGUUGGUUCGGGACAUUAUGCUGCACAUUGGACAGGGGACAACAAAGGAACUUGGGAGGAUUUGAAGUAUUCAAUCUCUACUGUCAUGAACUUUGGUAUGUUUGGUGUUCCGAUGGUUGGUUCAGACAUAUGUGGGUUUUAUCCCGCGGCUCCACCUUUAGAGGAGCUUUGCAACCGUUGGAUUGAAGUAGGCGCGUUCUAUCCCUUUUCAAGGGAUCACGCGAACUACUAUUCACCAAGACAAGAGCUUUACCAAUGGAAAAGUGUGGCUAAGUCUGCGCGUAAUGCUUUAGGAAUGAGAUACAAAUUGCUACCGUAUUUCUACACCUUGAACUACGAAGCACACAAAACUGGUGCACCAAUUGUAAGGCCGCUAUUCUUCACUUUCCCGAACAUUCCAGAGCUUUACGAGUUGAGCACUCAAUUCUUGGUAGGAAGCAGCGUCAUGGUCUCUCCGGUGCUAGAAAAGGCUAAAACUAAGGUCAGCGCGCUCUUUCCUCCAGGGACUUGGUACAGUUUAUUCGACAUGACACAAGCCAUUGUCUCGAAAGAACCACACUACCGCUCACUUGAUGCACCAUUGAACGUAGUCAACGUGCAUUUGUACCAAAACACCAUAAUUCCAAUGCAACGCGGUGGGAUGCUAACAAAGCAUGCACGAAUGACACCUUUCACCAUCAUCGUGGCCUUCCCACUCGGGGCAUCACAAGGUGAAGCCAAAGGAAACCUUUACCUCGACGAGGAUGAGCUUCCAGAGAUGAAACUAGGUAAUGGGAAGUCAACAUACAUGGAUUUCUACGCGACAGCAACCAAUGGAACAGUGAAGAUUUGGUCCGAAGUUCAAGAAAGUAAAUACGCGUUGGAUAAAGGUUGGUAUAUCGAAAAGGUUACUGUGUUAGGAUUGAAUGCAAUUGGAGGUGCAUUUGAGAUUCUUUCAGAUGGAACUAAAGUUGAAGAUACAUCAAAGGUGGCAUUUGCAAGUGAAGAGCACAAGUAUAUAGACAAAUUGGAAGAUGGAGGUCACAAGAAGAGUAUGAUGCUAGAUAUUAAAGGACUAGAGUUACCAAUUGGUAAAAACUUUGCUAUGUCUUGGAAAAUGGGGAAUUAACUUUAGUUUAUAAAAUUUGUGUGGAUAAAAUUGCCUAUGUCUUUAGUCUAAAGGAGGAGAUUAAAGUUUAAAAUGAGCCUUUUUGAUUUCCUUUUUAUUCAUACAAAUAGGCAAUAACAGAUUUAAGUGUAUCAUUGAUAUAUGUUUCUGUUAAGAGUUGUUUCUUUCUGUUUCCAAGAAAUCAAAUCAAAGUGUUUUAGCAAA